UUUUGAGUCCGUGGGAGAGUCGCCAUUGGGAUCCCCUCCCCUAUGGAGGACUAUUUGACGUGGCAGGGGCGGUGGUGGUUCAGAUUUAUGAGAUGUGGUGGCAGUACACCGUGACACACAUGAUAAGGUUGCUGGUGUGAGACUUCUGUGAUGAAGUCCUCACAUUGGUAUCUUCUGGGUGGGUUGCCGGGGUAACGUGAAUGGUGGUAGUGACAUGCCCACUACCUGACGGUUUAGACGUGGCAGGGGCGAGGAACAUGAAACGAAUCAUGGUCAGGUGAUACUGUCGAAAUUGCAGCUGCUCACGUAAGCGACCUUUCGAUGAUCGAAGUGCAGAAUCCUGCCACAACAGUUCCAAACCCAUCAUCGAUACCUUCCAACGCCCCGGAACAUUGCCCAGGUGUAGAAAGCGAGCAGGCGGGAAAAGCUGAUGCUUGUGCCGGUUGCGCUAAUCAAGAAAUAUGCGCUUCUAAUAAACCAAAGGGGCCUGAUCCCGCAUUACCUCUCAUUAGGGACAGGAUGGCCUCGGUGAAGCGGAAGAUUCUCGUCCUCAGUGGGAAGGGUGGCGUCGGAAAGAGUACCUUCACUGCACAACUGGGUUGGGCAUUCGCUGCUGACGAAGAGACACAGACCGGAAUAAUGGACGUCGAUAUCUGUGGUCCCUCGAUCCCUACUAUUCUUGGCCUGACAAAUGAAGAGGUCCAUGCCUCCGCAUCAGGGUGGUCACCCGUAUACGUCCAGGACAAUCUCUGCGCCAUGUCCGUAGGAUUUAUGCUUCCUUCGUCCUCCGAUGCCAUCAUGUGGCGUGGCCCGAAGAAAAAUGGCUUAAUAAGCCAGUUCCUCAAAGACGUAGAUUGGGGCGCGCUCGACUACCUCGUUAUAGAUACUCCCCCUGGCACUUCCGAUGAACACCUAAGCGUGGUCCAGUAUCUGAAAGAAUCUGGUAUUGAUGGCGCUGUCCUUAUCACCACUCCGCAAGAAGUGGCCCUGCAAGACGUCCGCAGGGAGAUCGACUUUUGUCGCAAGGUUGGGGUUCGAAUUAUAGGCCUUGUCGAGAACAUGUCUGGAUUCGUUUGUCCCGCGUGCAAGAACACUUCACAAAUAUUCAAGCCUUCCAACGGUGGUGCACGUCGUUUGGCCCAGGAGACCGGGGUCGAAUUCUUGGGGAGCGUCCCGUUAGACCCUCGGAUCGGCAAAAGUGCCGACUAUGGUGUGAGCUUCAUGGAUGAAUAUCCUGAAUCCCCAGCUACUGCAGCUUACCUUGAUAUCAUCGACCGUGGGUCAUAUUCUUACCCGCGACAGCGUUUAGCUAAUUCGAUUACGCCUUUAGGCAUAUCUGUUAUUUUAGACAAAACCCUCGCAUAGUACUUAGAUCCCCAUUAACCACGGAUCCCGUUAUUGGGACCUUACCAUCCGAUAGACUUGUUCAUUAUUGACUUCAUGUAUUGAACUCCGACCCUUAAUAGUCAUAAACUUGUUGUACCAAAUCAAAAUAGCAUAUAAUUCCUCUACAUCGG